AGCCACAAAAUGUUUGUAAAACAUUUUUCCUUGGCACUUUAGGAUAUGCAGCUAGCAACGAUAAAGUUGUAAGAAAUGUUUUAUCAAAAGCACAAAGCACAUCACUGUCAGCAAAAGCCGAUGGACGUGGCAAACACAACUCAAAGAAAAUUGAUCGAAAGAUUAUAGUUGAGCAUAUCGAAUCAUUUGGUCCAACCAUUUCCCAUUACCGAAGGGAGCAUGCACCACAAACAAGAUACCUUCCAAGCGACAUAAGUAUCAAGUUGAUGUAUGAUGAUUUUAAGAAAAAACACCCAAACGUUGUAUUUUCGUAUUAUCUAUAUCGAGAAGUUGUAAGCAGUAUGAGUAUCAGCUUUGCCAAGUUAGGGCAUGAAGAAUGCUGGACGUGUGAAAAGAUGGAGCAACACGGAAAGAAUACUGGACACACGAAGAAUAAUUUGAACUUUGAAUGUGAGGAGUGUACACGAUGGAAUACACAUCAUAAUAAGUAUACAGAAUCUCGCAAACGAUACGAAAUUGAUUCAUCAUCGAUUCAAGACCGAAACAAAUUAAUAAUUACGGUAGAUUUACAAAAGGUGAUCAUGCUUCCGAGAUGCGAUACAUUUAAGGAAAUUCUCUUCACUCCGAGAAUCAUUGCAUUUAAUGAGAGUUUCGUGGUUGCUGGUAAAAAUAAAGUAAUUGCUCCCGUCGCAGUAGUUUGGCACGAGGCCAUUGCAGGACGGUCCAAAGAAGACAUUAUUAGUAGCUUUUAUGCGUACCUCUUGUCAAUCCGAGAUAUAGAACACCUUGUUAUAUGGCUGGACAAUUGUUCAGCCCAAAACAAAAAUUGGUGUCUGUAUUCUUUUCUUGUUUACAUUGUAAAUUCCGAUGAGGUACGCCUUCAAUCCCUGGAAUUGCGAUACUUUGAACCUGGUCAUACAUUCAUGGCGGCUGACUCGUUCCAUCACCGUGUUGAAGUUGCUCUUAAACGAAAGGGUAAAAUAUAUGACUUUUUAGACUACGUAGACGCUAUAAAGAGUGUGCCAGCAAAAGUUAUAGAAAUGAGUAUCGAAAAUUUUUAUCUCUGGAAAGAUAAUUGUUCACAAUUUAAACUUAACAAAAUUACCCCACGCCCAUACAUCUCUGAAAUGGUAGAAGUUAGUUUUGCGAGAGGAGACAGAACAAUAAGUUAUAAAACAGAUUUCAAUCAGCCUGCUGUGAAACUCAAUUUUUUAAAAGCGGCGUGCCAGAAAAGCGGAAUUAUUAAACCAGACUGCAAAACUGCUCCCAGAGGAAUUUCGAAGGACAGAAAAGACUUAAUCAUUAGUAAAUUAGGCAGCAUUAUGCCUACAAAUCGAUUAAAUUUUUGGAAAAAUAUACCCGUACAUCAAAUACCACCUACCGAUCUUGAUGAGGACUAGUUAAGAAUAGAAUUUUUUUUUCUUUUAUGUACUUUUUAUUAGUCAAUUUACUCUUUAAAUUGUUGUCUUCGUUCAAAUUCUCAGAAAUAAAAUUGUA